AAGAAAGUGAAAAUAACUUUCAUUAGCGGCCAUUUUAAUAGUUGUAUGCGAGAUGGGGAAGUUAUCAUUCCACUUUCUAUCGUUUUUGUAUUUGAAAUUCUGCUCCAAUUUGUAAAGGAAAUAAUUUUGUUAUAUUUUAACAAGUUAUUCAAAGGACUUUAUAAGGUUAUAGAAGUGUGAAAAAUAUGAGUUUUUUAUUUGGUGGUCGUUCUUCAAAAACCUUUAAACCAAAGAAAAAUAUUCCUGAAGGAACACAUCAAUAUGAUCUCAUGAAACAUGCUGCUGCAACUCUUGGUAGUGGAAAUCUACGGUUGGCUGUAAUGUUGCCAGAAGGAGAAGAUCUUAAUGAAUGGGUUGCAGUAAAUACUGUUGAUUUCUUUAAUCAGAUCAACAUGUUGUAUGGCACAAUAACAGAGUUCUGUACAGAAGAAAGCUGUCCAGUGAUGUCUGCAGGUCCAAAAUAUGAAUAUCAUUGGGCUGAUGGCCUCACAGUGAAAAAACCAAUAAAAUGUUCUGCACCAAAAUAUAUUGAUUAUCUUAUGACUUGGGUACAAGAUCAAUUAGAUGAUGAGACAUUAUUUCCAUCUAAAAUAGGUGUUCCAUUUCCGAAGAAUUUUCUCUCCAUUGCAAAGACUAUUUUAAAACGCUUGUUCAGAGUUUAUGCACAUAUAUAUCAUCAACAUUUUUCUGAAGUUGUUCAGCUUGGAGAAGAAGCUCAUCUAAACACGAGUUUCAAACAUUUCAUAUUUUUUGUUCAGGAGUUUAAUCUUAUUGACAAACGAGAACUUGCACCACUGCAAGAAUUAAUUGAAAAACUGACCAGCAAGGAUCGUGAGAAAGAAAAAGAUAAUACAACCCAACACUGACAGUCCCUUUUUGAAAUGUUGUCUUGUAUGCAAAUUAAAGAAUUUAAAUUUAAACUGCAAAUUGUACACAUCAAGCAUUCAGAUAUCUGAAUUAGUGCAAUCGUAAAGCAUUUCUCAGGUUAUUUUAUUAAAUUUAAAGCGAAAAGAAAUGUUUUCUAACAAAAUUUGAUUUUAGGAAUUACAUUUUGGACCAGAUAUACAAUUUUUCUAGUACAGAGCAUAGGGGUGUUGUUUAGGUUUCAAGUGUCCUUAAAUAAGGUCAGAUAAAUCUGCACCUCAUAGUUUCCUAUUUUUGAAUAGAAAACACCGAGUUUGUAAUUUUUGGAUAUCGUAUUUCAAUAAGAAUGGUCAUAAUUUAUAAUAAAAAAAAAACAAAAAAGAAAAAAAAUGCCAAAAUCUCUAAAUCGCACUAACUGUGAACAGAAUAAAAAUGUGCUUAUGUGUAAAAAAAGAAAUUAAUCGUGUUAUCACCUAAAGUUGUAAGUUUUAUUGAAUUUUAAAACAGAAAAUUUUUUCUGCAAGUUAUUUAGUAUAUAAUAUGAAAAUAUAUACUGUACAUUCAUAUAUGUUAAUAUCUUAAGUUACAUUUGUUGUUUUUGUUUUUGGAAAAAUAUUUAUUUGAGUAAAAUAUAGUCAAUCAAAUCAUAAGAUUUAUUUUUUAGUAGAUAAUAUGUAGUUUCAGAGAAUGAAAACAGGAAAAGUUUUUUUAAUAUAUACUGAGAAGUAUAUAAAAUCACUUUUUGUAAUGGUUAAAUUUUACGGAACUUGUUUUAACUGAUUAUGUUGUGAGAAACAAAAUACUAUUUUUAAUCAGUUAAUUCUAAAUAUUGGAUAUUAUUAUUCAUUUAAAACAUUUCAUUAUGCACCUGUGUUGAAAGAUUUUGAUAUUUUAUCAGCAUAAGCAUUCUUCCUGUUUUUUUUUCCUGUUUGGAUAACAGUUACACAAUUGUCAGGAGGAAAAGACAAUAGGAAAAAAAAAAUACUGAGAAUUUUACAUAUAUACACAAAUUUAAUUUUGUUUAAUUGCUGCAUAUGCUUAUGCAUUCACUUUAAAAUUGUAAUGUGCAUUGUUAUAACUCACUUGUAGCAGUGUUUUCUAGGAGGUGCUAGUGAAAAAUUUUCCAAAAAAAAAAAAAAGAAGAAAAAAAUGUAUCAAGUUUUGUGAACAUGUACAGUGAACAACUUAAAAGUUAAUAAA